GCAAGGCUAAAAUGAACGCUUUGUUUUUUUCAGUACAACAUACUUAACCGAGAGAGAUGGCGCUGGAGCAGCUUAUCAGCGAUUUAAGUAUUAACAAGGACUCUAAAAGUGAAGAUAUUAGUGUUGUUUGUGUUCUUUCUGAAAUCCAGGAGCGUUUGGAUGGAACCGCUGAUUCAGGUACAGAGAGGAUCCUGAGUACCAUAACAGAGGUGUUCAGACUCGGUUCUGUGUCCUGGUUGUUUCCUGAGUUCAGUUCUCAGUUAAAGAUCGGAUAUGUAAAUCUGAUGAACAGCUGUAUAAGACACCCACAUCUGCCUGUUUGUGACACAGACAGUGGGACAUUACCACCCAGCAGUUAUAAACACAUCCCAGCGAGAGCACGGUCAGUAUGUGCUGUCCUACAGGCACUGACCCACCAGCUCGGAGUGGCUCUGAAUUCAGGAGAUCCAACAUCUACAUCCACUGCCAAGUCCUUAAUAAGAACAAUUUAUCCUACAGUUUGUAUCUUCUCCAUUACACACCUGCAGGAUCAAACAUGGACUGACGAAAACUCCAGAAAGUGUGCACUCCAGCUGCUGAGGUCGUUAAUCACAUCUGCAGGCAGUGGAUCAGUGCUGGAGAUGCUGUGUGGAGAUGAUGGAGUAGAAAACAAAGGAAUGUUUGGAUCCAUCCUGGAUUUACUGCUGCCUAAACUUACAAAGGAAAACUGGAAGCAAAACGAGGCGAUGAAGCACGUGUUCUCUUGGCUUCUGGUGCAGGUUGGUCGUCCCUGGUUGGCUGACUACUUGGAGAAAGUUUUUCCUCCAUCUCUGCUCAUAUCUGAUGAUUACAGGACUAAGAAUAAAGUGCUCGGAGUGCACUGUCUACAUCACAUCGUCCUUAAUGUGCCUGCUGCUGAAUUACGGCAGUUUAACCGAGCUCAAGUUCUUUAUGAUGCUCUCUUCAAUCACCUCUACACAUCUGAAGCUCCUCUUAUACAGGUUGUUCUGCCAUGUCUUAUAGAUUUACUCUCAGUCCUUGAGAAGCCUCUUAGCCACACUGGAUUACCCAGAAAACCGAACCGCUUUGACGUUGUUCUGCGUCUUGUUUUAACUCACAUGGAAAUGGAACACAAAGUUGCUCUGCGCCGGAUUUAUGCCAGCAACCUGCUACUGUUUAUUGAGAAGAUGGGAAUAGGUGUUGUCUGGCAUCUGAAGAGGCUCGAGAGAGUGAUUGCUGGAUAUCUGGAGGUGUCGGAUGGGCCGGAGGAGAGAGCCAGGCUGAGCAUCUUGGAGGUUUUAAAGAGGACGAUACAAUGUGCCUGGCCAAGGAUGGAGUGCAGGGUGGAUGUUCUGGCCAGGAAUUUGCUCAGGUUUCUUGUAGAUGUUUCAUCUGAUUCUUUAGAUCCUGAGCUCACAGACGAGCUGUUAAACCGGGCUUCACGCUGCUUACUGCUGCUAAAUCACUGCUCAUGUGGGAAACUGAUGGACGGGCUGAAGGAGGUGGACAGUAGCUGUGUGUCUGAGCGAGUGCUGAAGUGCAUACAGGAAAUAACCAAAGCAGAAAGUGUACGAGCUGAGCAUUGUUCACCAGAACAACACAGCAUGUAAAGUCAGACUGGACUCACUGUAAACUCUCCUGUGAGGGGGUGAAUAUAGGACUUCAGAAAUCAGAAUGUAUUUUUAUAUGGACCAACUUGAUGUAUCAUGUCUUAUAAAUAAAUAUAUGAUAUCUUGAUGGUAAUUGACAUAUUAAAGGGAUCUCAUAUAC